UUUAAGCAGACGAACUUUUUGUCGUGUUGACCGCCAUUUUGUUAAGUCUUAUUAUUAUUAUUACUUUUAAUAUUUGUUUUAAUGGUAAAUUUAUGUGUUUACAGUCAUUUAUACGACUUUAUAGUGUUUAUAAUUGGAAAUCGAAGAAUUUACAUACGGUGCGAAUUCAUAGAAACGUGUGACGUCAUAGCACAUGUUUCGCUUUCCUCAAGAUGGCGCGAGAGUCAAUCGUUCAGCAGUGAUGUUACAUGAUGUUGUGGUGGCAUGUCGCUUCUUUUUGGAUGUUGGCAUAUUAUGUGUCGUGUCAAGAUAAAUCGUACUGGUACGAACAAGCCAAGAGUAAUUUAAUGAAGAAUGUUAGAGAGGAGAGGAAUUACAACAUUGCCAAAAAUCUUAUCUUGUUUAUUGGAGAUGGAAUGGGAAUAACUACCAUAACUACUGCUAGGAUACUAAGAGGUCAGCUACUUGGACAGAAUGGCGAAGACACAGAAUUAGCUUUCGACAAGUUCGAACAUGUAGCAUUGUCAAAGACCUACAACACAGAUAGCCAGGUAGGAGAUUCUGGAGCUUGCGCCACAGCGUUACUCUGCGGGGUGAAAAGUCGUUUUGAAACAAUUGGUUUAGAUGACAAUGCCAUUUACGAUAAAUGCUUUAGUAGCUUCACUUCUCGUGUCCCUUCUCUAACAGACUGGGCUCAACAAGAAGGUAAAGCUACGGGUGUGGUAACGACAACACGCAUUACACACGCAACACCUGCAGCUGCAUACGGGCACGCAGCGAGCAGAUAUUGGGAGAGCGACGAUAAAAUGCCUGAAGAUGCUAAAAGUGCUUGUAAGGAUCUCGCCAGGCAACUAGUUGAAGAUGAACCUGGACGAAAUAUAAAUGUGAUUUUAGGAGGAGGAAGACGUCACUUCGUCCCGAAAUGGGAACGAGAUCCCAAAAGACCGACCGAGAUGGGAAGGAGAAACGAUGGACGAAAUCUCAUAGAAGAUUGGCAAAGAGAUAAAAAAGCCAGAGAUCUCUCUUAUCAGUAUGUUUGGAGAAAGGAAGACUUCGAUAAUGUCGACUCUAAUAAAGUUGAUUAUUUAUUAGGUAAAGAGGAAAAAAAUGACACUUUUACUCACUAG